UUUGUAACCUCCCGCGUUACUCUCACUCAUCUACUCUGCUGUCUCUGCUCCGACGAACUUCGUCGCCGUCGACGUCGCCGUCGCCGUCGCCGUCGCCGUCGCCGUCGCCGCCUACUUCACGCCGGUCACCGGUUUUCUUCUUUGUGCUUCUGAUCCCUUCAUAUUUCGUGAAUUUACUGGUCAAGGUUGACAUUUAACUGGGACGAGCAAUAAUAGGCUAAAUGGUCAUUCUCUCAGAUUAGCUUUACAGGUUAUAAUCCAUCAGUUGUAUAGCCAGUGCCAGUCAAAGUGAUGCCUGCCAUGAAGUGAAAGUUCCUUGCAUUUUAUGUUGGCCCAAGAUGCACUCAAGGGUGUGGUCUAGUAGUCAAUGAAGUGGUAGGAAAACCAUGAGGUCUCGGGUUCAAAUCUUAGUGGAGGCAAAAUAAUUUGGGUAAUUUUAUUUGAUAAGCAUGGUGUCUGGGCUAGCUUUCGCGCACCUCGACUAAAUCCACGGGAUACCUGCCACCUCCAAUCAGCUACAAAUAUCAGACUGUUGUUCAUGGUGGGAUUGGGCACGUAUUCAGCAAACUAAUAAAGGAGAUUGGUGAUCCUGUUGACUUUGAACUUCCAGAUUGGUUAAAUAAAUGGCAAUCAAUGCCCUAUAUCUUUAUUAGACGCAAUAUCUACCUCAUUAAGAAGGUAAAGCGGCGUCUGGAAGAUGAUGGUAUAUUUUGUUCCUGCCGCUCAACGGGUGAAACUUCUGCUGUAUGUGGCAAGGAUUGUCUCUGUGGCAUGCUGUUGUCUAGCUGCUCCUCGGGUUGUCAAUGUGGGAGUUCUUGUCUGAAUAAGCCAUUCCAUCAACGUCCUGUGAAAAAGAUGAAAUUAGUGAAGACUGAGAAAUGUGGGUCCGGAAUUGUGGCAGAUGAAGAUAUCAAACGAGGAGAUUUUGUUAUAGAGUAUGUUGGAGAAGUUAUUGAUGACAAAACAUGUGAAGAGAGGCUCUGGAAAAUGAAGCAUAGUGGGGAAACAAACUUUUACUUGUGUGAAAUCAAUCGGGAUAUGGUGAUUGAUGCCACUUACAAGGGCAACAAAUCCAGAUACAUUAAUCAUAGUUGUUGUCCAAAUACUGAGAUGCAGAAAUGGAUGAUGGAUGGUGAAACAAGAAUAGGCAUAUUUGCGAAACGAGACAUUAAAAGGGGCGAACAUCUGACCUAUGAUUACAAGUUUGUUCAAUUUGGCGCCGAUCAAGAUUGCCAUUGUGGUGCUGUAGGAUGUAGGCGAAAGCUGGGGGUUAAACCUAACAAGCCAAAGCUCCCUGCUUCAGAUGCUGCAUUAAAGAUAGUGGCAUGUCAGGUGGCUGCCACUUCUCCUAAAUUGAAAGCACUUCUAUCUACACGUCAUGUUUAUCAAACUGGAGUUCCUCCAAUAGGAUGUUCAGGUUAUGAUCCUGACCUAGAACAAAGGCGACCUCGUAAUUGCAUUGGUCAAGUAAUAAGAAUAAUCGGCUCCUCUGACACAAGGUCCUUUGGAAUUGUACAGCGGUUUGAUGCCAUCACCAAAAAACAUUUGAUCAUGUUUGAAGAUGGCUGUGUUCAGUACCUUGACCUGUCAAAAGAAGACUGGGAAUUCUGUAACUUUGUUGUGUAAUCAGGUAGUAGCAGUCAGGAUAGGAGAUGCACAAGAUUCAACCUCUGUAAGGAUAGAGGAUAUUUCAUGUCCAGCUUGAAUGACUAUGUUGUACCAAAUAUAUAAGUUUCAUUUUACAGCCUUUUUAAAUAAUAAAACUGUAGUUUUUGAUGAAUUCUUUUCCAAUGUAAGCAUUAAACCGAAGUUAGGAAACAUUCUUUACAAUGUAGCAUAGCAAAUGCACCUAUAGUUAACCUUGUAUCAUAAACAAUUCUUGAUGUUGUCUCACUAACUUUGUAAUUUACAACUACCCCCAACAAUUACAGCA